AUGGCAGCUAUUAAUACGCUGUUUCUCACUUUCAACUGUGGACGCGAACUGGUCAACAGUGACUUCUUCGCCGCCAGUAUCAACCAAGGCCUCUCCCACACUCAGCUCCCUCCAGAUGUCAUAGCCCUUUCGCUGCAGGAGAUUGCUCCUCUGGGCCAAUCUUUCCUCGGAGGCUCCUUUAUCUCACCCUAUUUUGAACGCUUCUCUGAGACGAUUCAGAAACUCAAUCAACUCUGGAAACACGACGAACAAUACGAGACGAUACUAUGCAGCAACGUCGGAAUGACUGCGCUAAUGCUGUUCGCACGACCCGAAGUCGCCCGCAACAUCCGAGGUAUACAGACGGCUGGUACAGGAGUAGGAGCAUGGGAGAUGGGUAACAAAGGAGCUGUUGGUGCGCGUCUGGCUUAUGCAAUUGAUGAUGGCAGUGAGAUGGACCUCACCUUUGUCGCAGCUCAUCUGGCUCCUCAUGAAGAGGCCUGGCAGCGUAGGAACCUGGAUUGGCGCUCCAUCAACGAGAAUUUGGUCUUCACCAAAGUCACGGGCGCUGAAAAGACACGAACUCGUGCGACCAACAACGAAAGCAUUCAAGACGAAACCGAACCCUUGCUCUCUUCGGCUACCGACGACCAGCACACUUCGCAAGAACAGGACAACGCUUUGAUAACCCCAAGCUCUUAUGUUCUCUUUGGCGGUGACCUCAAUUAUCGCACCUCGGACAUUUCACCACAUCCCGACAACCACCACGCCUUCCCACGCCGCAAUGACUCGCCCGAAGAUGCCACCCACUACUCACAUCUCAUGCCCAACGAUCAACUGUCCCGUGAGAAAGCCGCUGGAAACACGCUGCACUAUCUAAGCGAAGAGAGAAUCAAUUUCGCACCAACAUACAAGUUUUCGAAGAAAUCGCAGAAGCAAGCCGCAGAGGCUGCCGAAGACGUUCAAAAGCAGAUGCAAUCGGGUGCAAAUGCAGUCUCAAUGCCCGACGAGGUGGACUGGUACUGGGCAGAGCACCGUCACCCCAGUUGGUGCGAUCGUGUAUUGUAUCUUGCACUACCUGGCCACGAACCAAUUGUCCACACCUACAAUUCGCUCUCGCUACAACCGUCGUCAGAUCACAAGCCCGUCAUCUUGUAUGCCUCAAUACCCACUCAUCCAUUGAAGUCAUUGAACCAUGGUAUCAAGGCACCGUACACCAUCAAGGAGGGGUGGAAGCANAGGCGUGAGGCAGCCCGACGUAUGGAGCUGGUUGUCGGAGCUGUGACAUAUCUUACCCUAACCUGGGAAGGAGAGGCGUUGUUGCUAGGUGCAGUAUUGGCCAUAGUGGGCGCAUGGGCGGCCUUGAGUUCGUUGUUGUAA